ACGGUGCUCUUCUAUUAUAGGAUCUCCAUAGUAGUGAAACAAACAAAGAAGAUUCACUUCCUUCAUCAUGUGUAAUCAGAGCACCACCACUCCUCCUCUUACCAACGUAGCCGCCACCAUCGAUAUACCGCCGCAAACCCAUCUGUAUUUCGAUCUCUUGCCACCACUCAACCCCAAAACUAACCCACAGAAGCAACAGCAACAAUUUUCUGCCUCGGAGAUUGUUGCCGAGGCAAAAUCCCUCUUCAGCCUUGCCUUCCCUAUAGUCUUAACCGCUCUCAUUCUCUACUCUCGCUCCAUCAUUUCCAUGCUUUUCCUCGGCCGCCUCGGCGACAUUGAACUGGCCGCGGGCUCACUGGCUAUUGCUUUUGCAAACAUCACGGGGUACUCUGUUCUUUCCGGUCUUGCUCUAGGCAUGGAGCCACUCUGUUCCCAAGCCGUCGGUGCCCAAAGACCCAAACUCCUAUCUCUUACUCUUCAUCGUUCUGUAAUUUUCCUCUUGGUUUCUUCCAUACCCAUUUCUUUAUUCUGGCUAAAUAUGUCUGAAAUCAUGGUUUAUCUUCGCCAAGAUCCCAAUAUCACCCACAUGGCUCAGACGUAUUUGCUCUUCUCCCUCCCCGAACUCUUCACCAAUUCCUUCAUUCACCCAAUCCGCAUUUACCUUCGCUCUCAAGGCAUCACAUAUCCCCUCACUCUAGCAUCCCUCGCCGCCACCAUUUUCCAUUUACCCAUCAAUUUUCUUUUAGUCUCCCAUUUCAAGUUCGGCGUUGCCGGUGUUGCGGCAGCCGCCGCGGCAUCCAACUUUUUUGUCCUGUUGUCAUUGGUUGCUUACAUCUGGGCCACCGGAUUGCACGAGCCCACAUGGAUCAAACCAACCUGGGAAUGCUUAACGGGUUGGCAGCCUCUACUCCGGCUGGCGGCGCCGAGUUGCGUAUCGGUCUGUUUGGAAUGGUGGUGGUACGAGAUCAUGAUCGUGCUCUGCGGCCUGUUGGCCAACCCAAAGGCGACGGUUGCGUCAAUGGGGAUUUUGAUACAGACGACGUCGUUGAUUUACGUGUUCCCGUCGUCGUUCGGGUUCGCGGUUUCAACCCGCGUGGGUAAUGAGCUGGGCGCCAAUCGCCCUCACGCCGCGAAAUUAUCUGCUGUAGUCGCGGUGGUUAUAGCCGCCAUCAUGGGUCUAUCAGCUUCGAUGUUCGCGUCUGGGAUGAAGGAUAUGUGGGGCCGGAUGUUUACAAAUGACCCCAAUAUCCUACAGCUGACGUCGGCGGCGUUGCCGAUUCUCGGUCUCUGCGAACUCGGAAACUGCCCGCAGACGGUGGGUUGUUGCGUCCUGAGAGGUAGUGCUCGGCCAUCCACGGCGGCUAACGUGAACCUUGGCGCGUUCUAUCUGGUGGGCAUGCCGGUAGCCAUUGGGCUUGGGUUUUGGAUGGGAGUUGGAUUUUGUGGGCUUUGGUUGGGCCUAUUGUCAGCCCAAUUGUGCUGCGCUGGGCUGAUGCUGUAUGUGGUGGGGUCAACGGAUUGGGAGCUGGAAGCGAAGAAAGCCCAAAUGCUGACGUGUGUCGAUACAACAAUACCCAUGGUUAGAGAUGAUAAAGGGAAAAGGGGAGCACAUGGCUUUAAAAACAAAACCCAAACUCUAAAAUUAGAAGUUGAAAUGUCUCAUUUUUGAGUUUGUUAAUUAAUUGUUUAUUUUUGGUAAGGAGAUGAUUAACAAAAAAAAUUGUUAACUACAUCUCCAUUCUGACUCAAUGCACCAAUCGUAUUCACAAAAUACCAACCUCAAGGAAAUGUGGUGCUUGUUUUAGCUUUUUGAAAAUAAUGAUUUGUGGAAUCUAAUAGAAUGAAUUAAAUAUU